CCGUCCUCCCCUCCUCCCCCUCAGGGCAUCAGCAGUCUCUUCAGCUCUCUCAAAGUGGUCCGUCUGCUGCGUUUGGGUCGAGUUGCCCGGAAGCUGGACCACUACAUCGAGUACGGCGCCGCCGUCCUGGUCUUACUGGUGUGCGUGUUCGGCCUGGCGGCUCAUUGGCUGGCCUGCAUCUGGUACAGCAUCGGAGACUACGAGGUGAUCGACGAGGACACCAACAGCGUGAGGAUGGACAGCUGGCUGUUCCUGCUGGGGGAGACGGCCGGGAGGCCGUACAGGUUCAACGCCUCGGGCUCGGGCCGCUGGGAGGGGGGGCCCAGCAAGGACUCGGUCUACAUCACCUCGCUGUACUUCACCAUGACCAGUCUGACCAGCAUCGGCUUCGGGAACAUCGCGCCAAACACAGAUGGAGAGAAGAUCUUCGCCGUGGCCAUGAUGAUGAUCGGAUCGCUGCUCUACGCCACCAUCUUCGGUAACGUCACCACCAUCUUCCAGCAGAUGUACGCCAACACCAACCGCUACCACGAGAUGCUCAACAGCGUGCGGGACUUCCUCAAACUCUACCAGGUCCCCAAAGGCCUGAGCGAGCGGGUGAUGGACUACAUCGUGUCCACCUGGUCCAUGUCCAGAGGCAUCGACACCGACAAGGUGCUGCAGAUAUGUCCGAAGGACAUGCGGGCGGAUAUCUGCGUCCACCUGAACAGGAAGGUGUUUAAGGAGCACCCGGCGUUUCGUCUGGCCAGCGACGGCUGCCUGCGAGCCCUCGCCAUGGAGUUCCAGACCGUCCACAGCGCGCCGGGCGACCUCAUCUACCACGCCGGAGAGAGCGUGGACAGCCUCUGCUUCGUGGUGUCGGGGUCGCUGGAGGUCAUCCAGGACGACGAGGUGGUGGCCAUUUUAGGUAAAGGUGACGUGUUCGGUGACGUGUUCUGGAAGGAGAUGACGUUGGCGCAGUCCUGCGCUAACGUGCGAGCGCUGACCUACUGCGACCUCCACAUCAUCAAACGGGACGAGCUGCAGAAAGUCCUGGAGUUCUACUCCGCCUUCGCAAACCACUUCGCCAGAAACCUGGUGCUCACCUACAACCUGAGGAAGAGGGUGAGUCAGCACGCCGGACACGUGUCUUUAUUUCAUUUAAACCUGGGUUUACAGCAGCGUCCGUCAUCACUGUCUCUCGCCGCCGCCGUCGCUCUGUCGUCGUCAGGUUUUUUCACACUGAAGACUUUACACAAGCUGCUUUGUUGUCGUCCCCGCAGAGCAGGUGUGGUGUCAGCUAAGCCAACAGUGCGGAGGCGGGUGACGACGGGCCGCCGUGUUCACACCUCCUCCGCCGACGCCACAGACCAACAACACGCUCACUGA